AUGCGCUAUUGUAAUCCGCUCCUGACGCUUGCUGCCUUGCUGCUGUUGAUUUGCAAUCCCAUACAAUCAUCAUCCUCCGUUCUUGCAGCAGCAACAACAACAACUUUUGGAGUAUGCGAACCCGAUUCUUCUUCAUCUUCUUUGGAGACGAGUUGCGCAAAACCUCCAGCCUUGACGUUGGAAAACAUUGCCGAAUUCAUGGAUGAGACAAUUCCAAAACAAAUGGAAGAAUCUCAUAUUGUGGGAACGACUCUAUCCGUUGUCAAAUUAUCCUCCCAUGGCGAUCAUGAUGAUGCAAGUCUCGGAAGCUGGUUGUAUGGUCGAGUCUUUGGUGGAGAACACGAGGGAUACGACGACGACGACUUUUGGCAGUACAGCAAGGGCUAUGGAAUGGCCAAUGUGGAAAGUAAUAUUGGAGUGGAUCCGGAUUCGUCGCUCUUUCGGCCCGGAUCCAUCUCCAAAAUGUUCUUGUGGACGGCUGUGAUGCAGCUUGUGGAACAAGGAAAGAUUGAUUUGGACCAGGAUAUCUGCACCCAUCUGAAGUGCGAGGAAAUUCCAACUCUGACCAAGAAAAACAAUCCCAAGGACUAUGCACCCAUUACCAUGUCGCAUUUAAUAACGCAUACACCAGGAUUCGAAGAUUAUUUAUUCAAUCUAAUGGUCAAGGAGGAAGCCAAGCUUAUGAGUUUGGAAGAAUGCAUCUCCUUCCGAACUCUGCAAAGGGUCCGAGAACCUGGAGCGGAACUAGCAUAUUCGAAUUAUGGUUCCUUGUUGGCAGCUCGAAUUAUAGAAGUUAUUAGCGGGCUCACGUUUGAAGAGUACAUUGAAAAGAACAUUUUCGAGCCUUUGGGAAUGGCUGAUUCCACCUUUCGACAACCUCUGCCUGAAGACUUGGCAGCAGGCAUGGCGGAAGGCUAUGCCUACAAUGGUGAAGGGACUGUUAAAAAGCACUUUGAACUGGUAAAUGGGACACCUGCUGGAGGCCUUACUUCUACUGCGAACGAUAUGGCCAAAUUCAUGAAGGCUCAUCUCUCUGUGAAUUCUGGCGGGAACGGUCUUCUCAAGCCUGCCACUAUGAAAAAAAUGCACACUCUGCUCUAUCAGCCGGAUCCUCAGUAUGAAAUGGGCUUUGCGCAUGGACUCAUGGAUAUGAGCACCAAUGGCGUCCGUGUGAUUGGGCAUGGGGGUGACACUCUUUACUUUCACAGCCUGCUCGCGCUUUUGCCCGAACACAAAUUGGGUGUCUUUUUUUCCUUCAAUACGGGGAUUGAAAAUGGAUUGCCCGAUUUCCCUGCCGACAAAAUUGCCAAGAGUUUCAUGGAUCACUUCUUUCCAGCACCCACGGGAAAGGAAAAACGGGCCAUGAUGAUGAUGAAGGAUCAUAAUGAUGACUCCGAUGCCAAUAUCACCACUACCACGGAACCACAUUUCGCUUUGGAUUAUACAGGUAGCUACAACUCCAAUCGUCGAUCGGAAAGUGAUAUGCUCAAGGUGAAUAGCCUUGCCAUGUCGUACGAUGUCAAGCGUGGUAAAACUCCUGGUUCCAUUUUGGUGUCCAGUUUCAUCCAGCCAGAAUACACGGAAUAUGUGGAAAUCGAUGAGCAUCUCUUUCAAGAAGCGGAUGGUCAACACAAACUACUCUUUUUGGUGGACGAGAUGGAAGAUGGGACUCGCAUAGUCCGAUCCAUCUUUGCCGACGCACUGCCAGUCUUGCAAUUUACCAAAUGUGCAUGGUGGGAGCAAAAGCGGUUCAACAUUUGCAUCGCUGCUACUGGGCAAAUCAGCAUAUUGCUUGGCUUUUUUAUUUGGUUUGUAGUACCAUUUCUGCGUUAUAUUUGGUCCAAGGCGGCUGCCCUUCGACGUGGCAAGGGCGCAGCAACAGAUGAUUUGCAGCAGCAAGAGGAAACACCAUCAAUGGGUCCACCAGGGGCCAAGUUCGCCAGUCGACUGGGCUCGGCAGUGGUGAUGGCCUAUUUUGCAUUCUAUGGAUCCAUUAUCUACAUUUCCGUCGUUCGAGACUUGGUCUUUGGGGGCAGUUUGCCAAAAUGGCCAUUCUUUUUGCCCUACAUUGCGUUUCUAUUGGGGCUCCCACUUCCAGUCAUGGCAGUCGCCGCUUGGCGCAAGAAGUACUGGGGCGUUGCGUUCCGAAUAUACUAUACGGUCUUUGCAUUCGCUGUGCAAGGUCUCUUUUGGUUCCUUUGGCAUUGGGGCUUUGUGGCUCAAAGCCUAUCGCACUGA